ACCCCUUCUUCUUCACCUCUCUGGCUCUCUCUAACAAAAAUUCCCCCCAAUUUUUAUUCUCUCUCCUCUGAAAAAUCAAUUUUAAGACAUACUUGAUAAAUUCUAGUGAUUUGUUCAGCAAAGUCAUGGAGGAAAAUCAAAAUUAUAAUCAUAAUGAAGCUCAUAAUGAAGCUGAAAAUGUUGAGUUGUCGGAAAUCGUCGAUAAAUUCGACGAAACUCUAAUCCUAGAAAACGAAGAAGAUGAAGAUGAAGGAUUUGAGUUUUGUUUUCUCGGAGGAGAAUUAAAUUCGCCGAUUUCAGCAGAAGAAGUCUUCGAAGACGGUCAGAUCCGUAUAAUUUCGCCGUUUUCCGGCGAGAAUUCCGAAUCACCGGAAACGUCGUCGUACGGACCUCCGCCGGUGAAGAAAUUCUACGUGGUAUCAAACUCGCCGGAAAACGAUGACGUGGCAGAAGGACCGUACUGCGUGUGGAAAUCUCCGACGCCGGAGAUGAGUCAAAAGAGCAACUCGACGGGGUUUUCAAAGCUGUGGAGGGUGAGAGAGUUGUUAUCGAGGAGUAACAGUGACGGUAAAGAUGCGUUCGUGUUCUUAAAAAGAGACAACGCGGCCGAAGUCGCGUCGUCGAAUAAGGAGAAGGAGAAGAAAAAGAAGAAGGAGGUGAAAUUGGAGAAGAUAGAAGUAAGGAGAAAGGGUGGUGAAACGACGGCGUAUGGAGGAGAGAGAAAAUUGAAGAAGUCGGCAUAUGAGGUGUUUUAUGGUGGAGGGAAAGACAAAAAGAAAGGAGGUGGGAAUAAUAAUAAUAAAUCAUAUUUGCCAUAUAGGCAAGAUUUGGUAGGGUUUUUUACAAAUGGUAGUGGCAUGAGUAGGAAUGUUCAUCCUUAUUAGACUAAAAAAUCAAAAAAAAUUAAAUCAAGUUCAAACAAAUAUUAUUUUGUUAUUUUGUUGUAUAAAGAUAAUAUUGAGUUGUUAGUUUUAAUCAAUGACUAAUUCAUUGCAUUUUUAUGGUAAUAUUAUUAGCAUAAUGAUAUAUUUGGUCGUUUCUUACUGACUAAUCUUAGUAAUGUAAUAGUGUACGACGAGUUUUUCACUGCCUUCGGCAAGUGGGUGUCGAACUACUCUCCUUGUACGAAUAAUGCAAUAGGGUAAAUCGAGUUUUUCACUGUCUUCGACAAGUGGACUAAUAUCCGUGUAAUGUCAUGUGGAUGUGAUCUCCUUGUAAUAAAAUGUUGAUGUAAUGGUCGGCUAAAAUGUUGUCCAUUUCUUGGAA